AUGGAGCUUAUAGACGCUGGACAGAGGGAAAUACGGAAGCGAUGGCAGAAACCAUCGUUUGAUGACGAUUAUGGAAUUCUGUGUGACAACGACAUUGACUGCAGAGCAGAGACGAGGUCGUACACGCGAGCUGAGGCAAAGGAACCGGAUCUGAUCCUGGGUGAAAGUCGCUGCCCCUCCUCCCCCAAUGCUGCUUGCGAGCCCACCCUGCCCCCGAAAGGCGCCUUCACCACGACGGUCCUUCCAGGCUCCAUCUCCGGGGACUGCAGCGGGCCGAGCCGGGAGGAGGCGGGACGGCGACGGGGCGCAGAGCCAAGCCGGGCCGAAUCCGGGGCUGAGGCGCCAUCUAGCGCUCGCCCGCGCGACCCCAUUGUUCCUCCGAGAGUGGAGGUCGCGCCCGGUCCCCAGUCGGGGGACAAUUUGCUGGGAACCAACGUCGCCCAGCCGAGAGCGACCUGGCCGCAGGCCUCGCCCCCGCGCCGCGGGCCCUCCCGGCUGCCGCCCAGCCUCCCGCACCCUCACCGCCCGCUCUGCGCCCAGAGCCCCGAGCCCGAGGGAGGUGCCAUGCGGAGCGCUCCGAGCCGGUGCGCCGUGGCCCGCGCCCUGGUCCUGGCCGGCCUCUGGCUGGCUGCAGCCGGGCGCCCCCUAGCCUUCUCGGAUGCCGGGCCGCACGUGCACUACGGCUGGGGCGAGUCCGUCCGCCUGCGGCACCUGUACACCGCGGGUCCCCAGGGCCUCUCCAGCUGCUUCCUGCGCAUCCACUCAGACGGCGCCGUGGACUGCGCGCCGGUUCAGAGCGCGCACAGUUUGAUGGAGAUCAGGGCAGUCGCUCUGAGUACCGUGGCCAUCAAGGGCGAGCGCAGCGUCCUGUACCUCUGCAUGGGCGCCGACGGCAAAAUGCAAGGGCUGAGUCAGUACUCGGCUGAGGACUGUGCCUUUGAGGAGGAAAUCCGUCCGGACGGCUACAACGUGUACUGGUCCAAGAAACACCACCUCCCGGUGUCCCUGAGCAGCGCCAGGCAGAGGCAGCUGUUCAAAGGCAGGGGUUUCCUGCCGCUGUCUCACUUCCUUCCCAUGCUGUCCACCAUCCCCACAGAGCCCGAUGAAAUCCAGGACCACUUGAAGCCCGAUUUGUUUGCUUUGCCCCUGAAAACAGAUAGCAUGGACCCAUUUGGGCUCGCCACCAAACUGGGAGUGGUGAAGAGUCCCAGCUUCUAUAAGUAA